CCUCGUGCCCGCCCGGGUGGGCCCGGCCCUGGCUCCUGCUCUCCGCCGCGGCUACCCACGCCGCCUCCUUGUCCCCUCGGGCGCUGGGGGUCGCGCAGGGAGGGACAUGGGUGACCGGAAGUGGAAGCUGUGAACGUCGCCGCCCGGGGCGCCGAAGCUCCAGGCGCCGUCGGGGCCGCCGCGACGCACGCAUGGAGAGCGCUGGGCUCUGGGCUGCGCACCGACGGCUAACCGGGACGCACGGGUUCUGCCGGGAGCGGGCUGUGCAGAACCGACCGGCCUCUCGGGGCGCGGGAACAUGAGGCUAGGCCCGGAGCCCGCAGUGGGCGAGGCGCGCGGUGUGCGGGCCUGCCCCGGUCGCGGGUGAACGGUGCAGAGCCCCGGGACUCGCCCGUCAUUGGCAGCGGCGGCAUGGUCUUCUGUCUGGACAACGAGCAGCCACGCCUCCCGCUGCGAAGCGCCAUGGUCCACUUCCAGGCCUCAGAAGUCCAGCAGCUGCUACACAACAAGUUCGUGGUCAUCUUGGGGGACUCAAUCCAGCGGUCUGUGUACAAGGACCUAGUGCUCUUGCUCCAGAGGGACUCCCUGCUCACAGCUGCUCAGCUGAAAGCCAAGGGGGAGCUGAGCUUUGAACAGGACCAACUGGUGGCUGGGGGUCAGCUGGGCGAGCUGCACAACGGGACACAGUACCGGGAGGUCCGCCAGUUCUGCUCGGGUUCUGGCCACCACCUUGUGCGCUUCUACUUCCUCACCCGCGUUUACUCCGAGUACCUCGAGGGCGUCCUGGAGGAGCUGACAUACGGGCCUGCCCCGGACCUGGUGAUCAUCAACUCCUGCCUCUGGGAUCUCUCCAGGUAUGGCCGCUGCUCAAUGGAGAGCUACCGAGAGAACCUGGAGCGGGUGUUUGUGCGCAUGGACCAGGUGUUGCCAGACUCCUGCCUGCUGGUGUGGAACAUGGCAAUGCCCUUGGGGGAGCGCGUCACUGGGGGUUUCCUUCUGCCAGAGCUCCAGCCCCUGGCAGGGUCUCUGCGGCGGGAUGUGGUUGAAGGGAACUUCUACAGCGCAACGCUGGCCGGGGACCACUGCUUUGAUGUCCUGGACCUCCACUUUCAUUUCCGGCAUGCGGUACAGCACCGUCACCGAGACGGUGUCCACUGGGACCAGCAUGCCCACCGCCACCUCUCACACUUGCUUCUGACCCACGUGGCCGACGCCUGGGGUGUGGAGCUGCCCCAGCGUGACUAUCCUUCUGACCCAUGGAUUGAGGACUGGCCAGAGCCGGAUCAUCCGUUCCAGGGGAGCCAUGGGCAGCCCCCAGACUUCGGGGAGCAGCUGGCCUUGCCCCCACCCCAGCCUUCUCCUCUGCCCCCUCCCAUACCUUUCCCCUACCCCAUUCCUCAGCCCUCGCCGCCUCCCCUGUUUCCACCCCUGCCCCAGGACACCCCCUUUUUCCCAGGCCAGCCCUUCCCAGCCCAUGAAUUCUUCAGUUAUAAUUCAACAGAAGACUUCUCGAUGUCACCCCACUUAGGAUGUGGCCCUGGAGUGAACUUUGUGCCUGGCCCCCUGCCACCUCCAGUCCCUGGCCCUGUCCCCCAUGGUCAGCACCGGGGCCCAGUGGUCCACCGGGGGAUGCCACGCUGUGCUCCCAGCAGCCCCUACCAUGUGCCGAGGAUGGGGGGGCCCUGCAGGCAGCGGCUCAGACACUCAGACAGACUGAUCCACACAAACAAACUGGACAGACAGCCUUCUGCCCAUUCGGGGACAUGGCCUGGGUAGACUGGAUCUUGGGCUGGGGCUGGAUGUGCCGAUGGCCCUGCAGGGCCUGCUUGCCACCCCCGGUGCUGGGUCAGGGUGUCUGUUAUGCCUGACAUUGUUCUCGUCCAUUGCUGUCACUAAAUAAAGGCGUGGAAGAA